AUGGGUAAAAAGAAGGUUGUUAAAGUACAAGAGACCAAGUUUAGUUUCCCACAUGAUUUGAUAAUACCCAAUAGAGGAUUUUUACCAAGUCCAGAAGUCGUUUCAGAAGAUCAAAUCAUCACAAUUGGGAAAUUUUUCACGAGUGGAUAUUGUAAUGCCUUGAUCAAAUCAUUUACAAAUGAAUUGAAUUUAGAAACUACACCUUUAAUCAAAAGUAAAGAUUAUGCAGUCAGAGUUAAUGAUCGUGCAUUAGUAGAGGAUUAUCAAUCUGCUCAAAACCUAUGGUCUUACUUAUACAAGAUUUUAUUAUAUGAAUAUAAUGAUGAAACUAUAAUUGAUGAAUUUCAAAAUGCUAAAGGUUUAAAUCCACAAUUAAGAAUAUAUAGAUAUCAUAAAGGUCAUCAUUUUGGGAAACAUUAUGAUGAAAGUGUUAAUGUGAAACAUCCUCAAUUGAAAGGUGAAACUAAAUGGACUUUAUUAAUCUAUUUAACCGGUGAUGAUGAAUUUAUUGAUGGUGAUACUAUAUUUUAUGAUCCAUUAAGUAAAGAUAAUGAACCUAUAAGUGUUCAUCCGGGAAAAGGUACCGCUCUUUUACAUAAACAUGGGGAUGAUUGUCUUUUACAUGAAGCACAAUUGGUUAAAGAUGGGGUUAAAUGGGUUUUACGAAGUGAUGUUGUAUUUUAA